AUGGAUGGCUCAUCCCUUGAAUCAAUAUCAAAAAUGCUGUCAGGUUUCCAAGAGACAGAACAGCUGAUGAUGGUCUUGAGUCAGGUUUCGGACUCCUCUAGUUCGCCAUAUGAGAGAAAAAGGAAGUGCGAAGACGAAGGGACGGAAGGAAGUAACAUGUCCAAGAUAAGUAAGUUGCCCAACCAAAACCUGGUAAGCUCUAUUAAAAAAGAAGGAAAAGCCGAAGAGGUUAUGCAAACCGUCAUUGCAUAUCAAACAUCUCUUUCUCAAGAAGAUGCUUCUCAAGACAUAAGUGGAUCAGAUAAUCAAGAAGAAUUGCAAAAACAAGAAAAGCAUGAAGAAAAACCAAGAAAGCAGAAUAUGAAAGAGAUCCAAAAAACAGAAAAGCUAAGAAAGAAGGAAGAAGAACAAAACAAGAAGCAACAAGAGAAAAAAUUGAGGGAAGAAGAAAGAUUAAGAAGACAAGAACAGAAAAUUCAGGAGAAGAGAGCUAAAGAAGAUGAAAAGUUGAAGAAAGUUCAAGAGAAAGAACGAAAACGGAAAGAGGCUGAAGAAGAGAAAACUGAGAGAGAGCGCAAAAGGGAAGCCGAAAGGCUUCGAAAAGAAGCAGAGAAAUUAAAGAAAGAAAAAGAGAAAGAAGAAAGGGAAAAAAUAAGAUUCGAAAAGAAAAAGCGCUUGGAGGAGGAUAAGCAAAGAAGAGAGGCAGAAAAAGAAAAAAAGGAAGAAGAAAAGAGGCGUAUCUUAGAAGAAAAAGAGAAAAAUCAAAUGAAGAUUUCAAGCUUUUUUGGCGUCGGUCAAAAAAUUAAAUCGUCACCAAGAACAGAAGCAAAUGAAGAUAAAUGCAACGCGCCAGAAAAGACAUCUGUCUCAGUUUAUAAUGAGUAUUUUCUACCGUUCUUUGUCAAGAAGAAUGUCAAAAUGGCUUCCUCCACUCAAUUUUCUGAACAGGAUUUGGAAAGCUCAAAACUUCGAUUUGAAUCUCUCUUGAAGGCAUCAGAAAAUUCAAAAGAUCUUUUAUCAAAAUUCUUUCAUAAUCAUAAGAUUCGGAGGGCCGAGACACGCUAUACCUCCACUGAACGUAUAAUUAAUUCAUUGAACUCGUCUAGCACAACGGAGUUCGAGGUACAUAAUAUGUGUAAGCAUAUGCCACCAAUCAAGUACUUAUAUUUUUAUGAAAAUUCUAGGCCACCCUACAUUGGUACUUGGUGUUCUGAUAAACACCUCCUGACUAGUGUUCCGAUUGUUGAUCCUUUUAAUACAUCCACUGGCUUAGAUUACUCAUACGACUCGGAUAUUGACUGGAAUGGAGAUGAGGAAGGCGAAGGAGAGGAUAUUGAUAAUGAGGAGGAAGAAGAUGAAGAUGAAGAUGACGAAGAAGAACUUGGUUACUACGUAGCGGGUGAUGAUGAAAUGAACGACUUUGUUGAGAAAGGGAACGAUCAGGUUUCAAGAAAGAUGAUCGGUCCGUUGGUUGCAGUUAGUGAAUGGAAUAAUAAUUCGCAUGGCAUAUUUGACGAUAUGAAAUAUGAGCUCAUAAGUUCCAAUAUAAAGUUUGCGAUAAACCCUUACCAUGAUUACUGGCUGGUUUCGAGGAAAGAACACAUAAUGGGCACCGGUACCGAUAACUCGUUAAGAGUAGAUCCAGAUAAACAAAAUUUGAUCAACGGUAAUCUGAAGAAAAUCAUUGAAGAUAAAAGCACAAUAAGUGACCUCAUAGCUUUUAUUGAAGCGAAUAAUGAUUUUACAAUAGGAACAUUAGUUGAGUUGUCGAAGAAAGAGUUCAAAUCUUUCACUAAAUCAUUAUUGAAGCAAACAAUCCAAGAUAUUGCUAGCUACAAUAAAAAAAAGUAUUGCUGGGAAGUGAAACCACAAGUGAAGCUGAUAUAUGUUUCAAAUGAAAGCUGA